CGCGAUCAUCCAGGGCUGCAACACGAACGGGCAAGCUGAACUUGCUCUGGAGUACUACUCUGCCCUGAGAGCUGAUAACACCAUUCAAGCUAAUGCUUGCACCUACACCUGCGUCCUUGUUGCUUGCGGGAGUGUGAUGGCGAUCAAGCUCGGGAGGGAGAUUCACCAGCUGGCGAAGCAUGAAGGGCUGCUGAAAAACAAUCCAGUUCUGGGCUCCAGCCUGGUGAGCUUCUACGGCAAAUGCGGCGAUGUUGAUUCUGCUCAGGAAGCGUUUGACGAGUGCCGAGCUCGGGACAACACGGGUCUCUGGAACUCUCUCAUACAGGCUUACACUCUCCAGGGCCGAUCGAUCGAGGCCUUGGAGCGUUUCUAUUCCAUGAUUCAGGAGGAGGGCUGUAAAGCUGACAAUGUGAGUUUUGUGUCGGUGUUGAACGCUUGCAGCCAUGGUGGUCUGGUCGGGAAAGGAAGGCAGCUUCUGGAUGAAAUGCCCAAGCAGUAUGGAGUCAAGCCACGUCUGGAGCAUUAUGUGUGCCUGAUCGAUAUGCUUGGGCGAGCUAACCUCCUCGACGAAGCUGUGAGAGUUCUCAGAGCCAUGCCUUUUGAACCGGAUGCAGUGGUUUGGACGUCCCUGCUCGGAGCCUGCCGGAAGUGGAAGAAUUACACGAUCGGCAAACUUGCGUUUGAGCGUCUUGUGGAGAUGGAUCCCAAGAGUGGCACGCCCUACGCAUUGAUGGCCAAUAUAUUUGGAAACCUGGGGAUGCUCAGUGAAAGGGCUGCUGUUGUGGAGAGAAUGAGAGGUGAAGGCGGCUUCAGGGAGCCCGGGAGAAGCUGGUGGACGGAUGUUAGCUCAGGAAAAGUGCAUUCUUUUUCUGUUGGGGAUAGGAGUCACUCACAGAGCGACGAGAUUGCGGCCAAGCUCAAGCAAUUGUUGCUUAAAAUGAAAGAGGAGGGGUAUGCGAGCGAUGUGAUCAACGUUCUAAAAGACAUACCCGAGGAAGAGAAAGAGGAUCACCUGUGCGGCCACAGUGAGAAGCUUGCGCUGGGGUGUGCUCUGGUGAACUCGCACCAGAAGGAGACCAUCAGAAUUGUGAAAAAUCUCCGAGUUUGUGACGAUUGCCAUGCGGCCACUGCUCUCAUCUCUAAGCUGGAAAAAAGGCUAAUCAUCUGCAAAGAUGCCAGUCGGGUUCAUGUGUUCCAGGAUGGCAGAUGUUCCUGUGACAACUACUUUUGAAAACAUGUCAUUGCUCUUUCUUGCAGUUAUCCCUGGUUUUAAACCCUCUGUGAGUCAAGCAGAAACAUGGGCCGCUGAGUGAUCAUACCGCCGUCAGCCUGAACUUCACGGAGAAAAAAUUAACAUUUAAAAGUUAAAACUAUGCAAAAGGAGGAUGACACGUUGUCUUAAAUUUAAAUUUCUUUUUGGUAGCA